CCCUUUAUCAGUAGAAACACUUGAUAGUGUAUGAUGCUGAGAGCGUCUAUCAACAAACCCACUCUUCUUCUUCUUCCCCCCAAAAUCAAUAUUUUCCCCCAAAUCUUCUCCAACAUUUCUUUGUAAUAUCAAGUGGGUAUUAAUCCAGAUCAAUCAAUGAUGUCGUGUUCGUCUUCUUCAUCUGGGUCAGAGGAUGAAUGCAUGAAUUCGUACAGGAGAGGAGGCUACCACGCGGUUCGAAUCGGCGAUAAGUUCUCCGGUGGUCGAUACAUCGCUCAACGGAAGCUCGGAUGGGGCCAGUUCUCCACUGUUUGGCUUGUGUAUGAUUCUCAAACAUCUAACUAUGUUGCCCUCAAGAUCCAGAAAAGCGCGCGUGAAUUUGCUCAAUCUGCCAUUCAUGAAAUCGAAGUUGUUUCUGCACUCACUAAACAUGACCCAGAGAACAAAAAAUGUGUAAUACGAUUAGUGGACCACUUCAAGCAUAGAGGCCCAAACGGUCAACAUUUUUGCAUGGUCUUCGAAUUUCUCGGCAAUAGCAUUCUCCAACUAAUAAAAUACAACCGUUAUAAAGGCCUUCCAUUAAACAAAGUAAGGGAUAUUUGUAGAUGCAUACUAACCGCAUUAGACUAUUUACACAGACAACUUGGUAUAAUACACACGGACCUAAAACCCGAAAAUAUACUUCUUGUUUCCACCAUAAAUCCUUCAAAUGACCCAAUUCGGUCAAAAACGAUCCCCAUUCUUAGUAAACCCGAGGGGGGUAUGUAUAACGGUGGUGGAUAUGUAGUUAAUCCUAUUGAGAAAAAGCUAAAGCAGAGGGCUAGACGGGCAGUUGCUAGGAUAACCGCAAGACGUGCUUCUUUGGGAGGCGUGCGGCCCGUUACAACGAGAGACAGGUGUCUUGACGGGAUUGAUUUUAGGUGUAAAGUUGUGGAUUUUGGGAAUGCAUGCUGGGCUAAUAGACCACUUGCAGAUGAAAUUCAAACACGACAGUAUAGAGCUCCUGAAGUUAUAUUACAGUCGGGCUACUCGCAUUCAGCUGAUAUGUGGUCGUUUGCUUGCACCGCCUUUGAGCUUGCUACUGGCGAGAUGAUGUUUGCUCCCAAAUCCGGACAAAGUUUCAGUGAAGAUGAGGCCCACCUUGCUUUAAUGAUGGAAAUGCUCGGGAAGAUGCCACGAAAGAUAGCCAUUGGAGGGCUUCGAUCGAAAGACUACUUUGACAGAUAUGGUGACCUCAAACGGAUACGUAGAUUGAAACACUGUCCUCUCACUUGCUUGUUGACUGAGAAAUAUAAAUUCUGCAUGAACGAUGCGCGUGAUUUUGCAGACUUCUUGAUUCCCAUUCUUGAUUUUGUACCAGAAAAACGACCCACUGCUCACCAAUGUUUGCAACACCCGUGGCUCAACAAAUCAUCUGAAUUUAGUGUCCAGAACCUGGAUUCUCAGAUGUCCAAACUUCAGGUCAAGUGAUAAAAAUCAAUUACAGAACAAGGCAGUUGUAUCGGAUUUUAUCACUUGAUUUGAAGUUUUGACAUAACCUCAAAAUAUUCACUUCAUUUGUGAAAUUUACAAGGGAAUAUGGUAGUUUUUAAAUAUUUUGUGGUUCUCAUUUGAACCAUAUACAUUAUAUACAUACACACACGGGUUCAAUUCAUAAUUAAAUUUUUGGUA